GCUCGAUCUAUUCCUACAAAUUUUGGUUUCAUCUUUCAGGCUGGUCCUAUCCAAGUCUCAGACAACACCACUGCCGAAUCGCCUCUGCCCGCGACUACGCCCGCGACUGCCAUUAUUCAUACAGAACCUCACAGUGUACCUGAACCCUCGCCCUCUGCACACGCACCAGCUCCGAAACGAAAGAGAGUCAUCAAGGAAGAAGACGACGAUCAACAUACCGUACUCGCUGCGCCCACCGAAACUACCCACGAUGAGUCGCUGCAAGACCCUCCGAUCGAGAAGAAGCCGACAAAGCGAAAAGUUGUACGGAAGCGUGUCUUGGUACCGAGGACACGCAAGAAGGAAUCGCACGAAUUACAACACCAUCCUCGGCCUGAACAGCCAAUCCCUCUACCAGAGCUUGUGGUAGAAGCCAAUCCGGCACCCAAGAAGAAGACGCGAAAGGAAACUGCUGGCCUCAAGAAUGAAUGCAUCGUUGAGAAAAGUCGACCGGAGGCUGUACCACGAAAAAGAGCUGUAAGAAAACAGAUACAAGAAGGUGUUAAUAUUGCACAACUGAGCCUGGAGGAAUCGGCACAGACUAAGACACCCACACUACCACCGAUGAAGGAAGACGGUGAUAAGCAGCCUAAGGCCAAGACCGCUAGACAGCGCAAGGUAGCUAGAAAGCAACCUGAGAAGUCCGUUGAGCAAGGGACCCACCAAGAACCCAUGAUUGAGCCCUCUUUGGCUGAACAGCCAGAUCCUACACACGAAGCGGACCUACCACCAAAGAAGAAAAAGCUAGUUAGAAGAGUGCGUGUCCCAAGGACAUCCGCAAAACCAGCAAUGCCUGGGAAAGAGGACCCAGUGGACACGGUCAACAAGCAUGGCACUAAGCCAUCAGCGUCAACCGACAACAUCGGUUUGGCCUUGUUCGAAGCAGCAGCUUCGGUACCAGUCACCAAANAAGCAUCCAAGACUCCGAAAAGAAUCUUCUUCAAUGAUGAUUCUGAGAUCGAUCUCGAUCAGAUGUUGAGUGGCAUUGCGGCAAUGGCUGGAACCAAAAGCGGUACUAAAGCGGACGCCAGGUCUGCUCGCAUCGCAAAGAGGAAGGUGGUAACA